AUGGUGCAACCCCGCAUGCUUACAAAAGCCGACGAGGCGUCAGGCAAUGAUGAGAAUGAAGUCCACCGUGAGGAUCAGGAGAAGAUUAACCGGUUCAGUCGGUUGCAUCAGCGCGAGACUGUGCUCGAGGAGCAACUGAAGGGGAAGCAGAAGGAUAAGGAGGAUCUGGAAGAGAUCUCGAUGGAGCUGGAGCUUGCCGAUGAAGAUGAGCUUGUGCCCUACAAAAUCGGCGACUCAUUCUUUCAACUGCCGCUAUCAGACGCCCAGGGGAUGCUCUCGACGUCAACAGAGAAGAUCGACGCAGAUGUUUCGAAGCUGGAAGACUCGCUCGGCGAGCUGCGCGAUGAAAUGCAGCAGCUGAAGGUUGCGCUGUACGCGCGGUUUGGUCGCAGCAUUAACUUGGAGACCUGA